AUGGCUGCUGUCAGGAAGCCCGCCUUGCUCCACAAGAUCUUGGCGUUGCGCGAAAUAAUGACCAACUACAAGACAACCACGCUCCAGAAGCUUCUCACUUAUUCUUCACUCCCUCCUAAUUACUACAAUAUCUGGUUCACCCUGACAAUUAAGAAUGAUGUCUCCAUUCUGCUCAAAGCCGCCGAGUUGCAUAAUGAGAUGGCAAAAGAACUUCAGGAACAUAUUACAGACCUGGUUUUUACGUCCCACUUUGCCUUCCAACCAGUACCGCGUCUAUAUGUCGAGCAGUCACACGCCAAUAACAUCACCAGUAACGUGCUUGGCCUUGAGCAAAACACUCACGACGCUAUCUUGAUCCAGGCAUUCGUCAGUGUUCGCACUGCUGAAUUAUAA